UGUAGUCGGUCUUCCGUGAUACCCUCUGCGACCUUCUACGGUCAGCACGCAUUACAUUGUCCAUCGUGUCACAGUCGAAGUCACUUUUUUUUUUUUAUCUAGUUCUAAUGUAAAACGUAAAAACAUUUUUUCAUAAGUGUACGUCGUGUGUAGCAGAGCAUCGUUCAUAUAUUCCUCCAUUAAAUUUUAUUAUACAUUUUAAUUCACUGUUUUUCUGUAACUGUACACAAGCGGAAGUAGUGGAAGUCCACCGUUGCACGAUCUUUCAUGAUGAAAAAGGUUUAAUGGACAAAACAAUUAUCGAGUACAACAGUUACGUUGCUCAGAAGACACGACUCGUGACGCGGAGCGCCUGAAGGCGUUGGAUCGAUUGCAAAAUUCCGUUUUGCAACAAAAUGACCGCGGAGAGUUCCUUGGACGACCGACCAACCUGGCUGCAGGAUAUGCCUACGGUCCAGGAAGUCGGCGAAAUGAUGCGGAGUUUCGGCAUGUGGGACUAUUUGGUUUUCGCGUUCAUGCUGAUGACCUGCGGUUUAGUCGGGAUUUACUUUGGCUUCAUUAAAAAAUCGUCGGGAGAAGACGAGUACCUCGUGGGCGGAAGAAACAUGAAGACUUUUCCCGUCAGUUUGAGUCUAAUAGCCAGCUUUAUAUCUGGUAUUUCGUUAUUGGGUACACCGACGGAGGUUUAUGUACAUGGCACCAGCUACCUUUGUGUCUGCUUCGGCAUCAUCAUCGUCGGUUUCGUGAUGUCCGGAAUAUAUUUACCGGUCUUCCAUGAACUCAAACUGACAAGUACCUACGAGUAUCUCGAGAAACGAUUCGAUAAAAAGAUUCGAUUACUGGGAUCGGUCCUUUUCUCGAUCAGCGUCAUGACGUGGCUUCCUAUCGUUAUUUAUGUACCUGCGCUUGCUUUCAAUCAAGUUACCGGGGUGAAUGUGCACAUAGUAACUCCAUUCGUGUGUAUCGUGUGCAUUUUUUAUACUUGCGUGGGCGGUUUAAGGGCAGUGGUGUGGACCGAUUUCAUUCAGACCUUCAUAAUGUACGGUUCUAUGCUGCUGAUCGUUAUUAAAGGGACAAACGACGUGGGCGGAUUGUCGUUGGUAUUAAGAAGGAACUUGGAAUCUGGAAGGUUGGAGUUUCCCACGACAGAUUGGAAUCCUCUUACGAGGCACACAAUUUGGUCCCUGGUGAUUGGCGGUUUCGUCCACUGGUUGCAAAUAGCCGCUAUCAAUCAAAAUAUGAUACAGCGUUAUCUCUCGUUGCCCACGUUGCAAUCGGCCAGAAGAGCUCUCUGGUGUUUCAUAGUCGGAGUCUUGAUUUUAAUGGGAACAUGCGGAUACGCGGGAAUGUUAAUAUAUGCCUGGUACCAUGAGUGUGAUCCACUUACGACGAAGCUAGCAGGUGCAAAGGACCAAUUGUUGCCAUUGCUCGUAAUGAACAUAUUGAGAGACAUGCCUGGUCUUCCAGGCCUCUUCGUCGCUGGUGUAUUCAGUGCAGCAUUGAGCUCUCUAUCAACUGGUUUAAAUUCCAUGUCCGCGGUAGUGUUGGAAGACUUCGUGAAACCCUUUAGGAAGACACCGUUUACUCCCAGAGUGGCGGACAUUUUAAUGAAACUCACAGUAGUCGUUUUAGGGAUAAUCUGCGUGGCUCUCGUGUUCGUCGUUGAGAAAACUGGUUCCCACGUUUUGCAGUUAUCGAUGAGCUUGGCGUCCAUUGCCAGUGGACCAUCUCUCGGUAUAUUCAGUAUGGGAAUCCUGCUGCCCUGGGUGAAUGCCAAUGGUGCUCUGAUCGGUGGUCUUUCUGGUUUGGGCUUUAUGGGAUGGAUCAGCCUUUCAGCCGAAGCAGCGAUCGCCAGCGGAAGAUUAAAAUUCGAUGAGAAACAAGUCACUACGGAAGGAUGCUACUACUCCUUUCCUAAGGUAGAGAAUUUGUUGCUGUUCGUCCCUCCAGAUACAAUCUUGGAAGACGACGAGUUUCUCCCAGAACCUUUGGCGUUGUAUCGUCUCAGUUACCUUUGGUACACCGUCACCGGUGCUCUGGUAACAAUGAGCGUUGGCCUGGCAGUGAGUCUCAUAUCGUCAGAAAACGUUGAGAAGCUGGACCCAAUGUUGUUGGCCCCGUUUAUAAGAAAAUUCCUAAAAAAGUCCGACAAGGAAGUUCAAUUGGUCGAGAUUGGGAGCUCAGAAGUUGGCGUGGAAGUAUGGAGAGCCAGAGAGGCGAACGCUUCUGAGAACGUUUCAUUGAUCUGACCUUGACCGAUGGUCAUUGAUGCUGAUCGAAUCAGAGGUCGAGAAACUGUGCGCGACGAAGUGUUUGGUUGACAAGCUGAAAUAUUAAAUUAGUCGAGCCCGAAAUAUAAAAUAAAUUUAGACCAAUCAUGGAUGUAAGACACGAAACGAACAACCGUCGGAGUACGAACGAGUGUAAAGCGGCCAUUGUACGAUGAGACUCGCCUCGAACAGUGUCUCGCGACGAGCAACUGGUUUGAGAAUUAUCUGGAAUCAGUUAGAGUCUCUGAUUUCUAAAUAUCUGAGAUCAGAAACUUCAAAUAAUCACAACUUUCUUGCAAUACAAUUCCAUUCAACGAAACAAUCAAUUCUGCAACCUUUUUCCAACGUUCUACAAGCUUUUAAAAGUUGGGUAGAGGCUAUUUUGAUAUUAUCAUUGUUUUUUAAAUGCUUAUUUGUUACAAAAAUAGGUUCAAACUGUAGGGAAGACGUGGUAUAACUUUCCACUCGUGAUACUUUAUCCAUCAGCAGUUUAUUCGCAUAAUUCUUCAUUCCUGAUGCCUUGAAAAUGACUCGUCUUUUAGCGUUUCAUUAAUUUUUUUAAAUCUUUUGAAUUAUUUUUAUAUUAUUCUAGUUUUUCAAUUGAUUUCUUAUUUUCCGUUUAUUUCGAUGUUGCAUUCUCUAUACAAAGAUGGAAACGAAAGUGUGUGUCAUUUUUAAAUAAAUAUAUUUAAAUGAAUUUUCAUUUAUUUAAUCUUGCAAACGGUACAAGUUUGCCUUGCUAAGGUCGGAGGCUGAAUUCCCAAGUUCUAAUUCGUGAAGCAAAAAGACACAUUUUCGUUUCCAUCUUUAUUUUUGUAUAGAGAAUGCAACAUCGAAAUAAAUGGAAAAUAAGAAAUCAAUUGAAAAACUAGAUACCCUGUACUUUCCAUUGAUGUCAAUAUUGUUCUUAAUAAAUAAUAGUAAUAAAGUAAAUUUUUUUCGAUACCUAAUAGACGUAUAUCUGGACACCAGUCCCCACAUAGUGUUAAGAGAAAUAUGUUUUUUCGUAUGUCACUAUUAAAGGAAAGCAAAAUAAACCAAAGAAUUUUGUUAAAUUAUUUACGAAUGAACGAAGGACGAUUUAAUUUUAUUUUUUAAUUGAACCGUUCCAGUGUCAGAAACGAUUGUUUGGAUUAUAAAAUAGUUUGUAGAGUUGAUCAAUUGAUUGAAUCGUUGAGGCGGUGGCAUUGAAGACUCAUCGUAGGUGAGUGACCACAAUAUCCAACCGCGAUGAAAUCAUACGUGACAAGUCUAAUAAGAUGAUUCUAAAUGGUCUCAAAUCCAUCGUUUGUCAGGGGACGUGCCCCGAAGCAAGUCUCAUCACUGUAGCGAUACGAAGCGACAAAGAUCGUUUGAUACCAAAUAUAAACAGGAAUAAAAAGAAGACAACACAAUGUGUUUGUUUGUUUGUUUUUUGUUUACAUUUACCCAUAGACGUAGUAUAUUUCGUACGUGUAUUUCAACGUUGACGAAGAUGUACAAAGAUAAUAUAUGCGACAGUAUUCUAAUAUUAUGCUAGCUAUCCUUUUAGUGAAGUUGUACUUUCACUUGUAAAACGUGUACUAUCCAAUACGAAAGGGAUGAAAUUUUACAAACGUGUUUAUUUCACUUUCAUCUUUCGUUGUGCAAUAAUAGAAACGAAAAGGAAAAAGAACAAAAGAUACAGUUUCAGGGCGAGCCGCGAAUUCUACCCGAAAAUGUUUUCUUUUUUUUUUCGCUACGUUAACUCGUUAACAGGUAUAUAUAGUGAAUUGUGAAAUAACUUUUAUUUGCAGAAUAGAAACGAUAUAUCAAAAUUAUACAUUAUCAGGUGAUAUACAACGAUGACAAAUUUUAAGGACCAGAAAAUAUCCAUUUCGAAUAAUAAACGAAUCACUUAUGCCUGAAAGGAAUGCUAGAAAAAUAUUCACAUUACGAUACUGUAAUGUUUAAUAUAUUGCUAUUACUAUUAUUACGCCAUUACAAUACAAGUUUGUCGUGUAACAAAUGUUUAAGAUCACUUUGACUGACUGUAGAUGUAUUCGCGAUCGUGUGACUCGUGCAGUUUCUAUUUAUUUAUAGAAUUGAGCAUCAGAUUAUACAAAGAUUUCGAUGUUAAUAUACAAAUCGUCUGGAGAAUAUGUUUGCACGGAUUAAUCAUGUCAUGAAUUAGGCAGGAAUGUGAUCAGACACGGCACUCUGAUAUUUUAUGCUUGAGGAAGACGACAAACUGCACGAGUAUCGUUCGUUUCCAUGAAUCGCAAGAUGUAAUGUAAUGUAAACGUGGUCUUUUUUGUAUAACAGGCUUUAUUAAUUACGUGUCAAGUGUAUUUGAUGAUGUCUCAUGUCAGAUAGUCAUAAUUACUUUACUACGAAAGUGCUCGUUACACGAUUCAACCCAAUUAGUCGGUAUUAACUUAUAUUAAACGAGUAACGCGGUAAAUUGUACGAUUAAGUAACAAAAUUGGACGAAAAUUCGCCUUUUAAAUAACUAUAAUAUGUUUCCCGAAUAAACGAACAUAGAGUAUCGAUGAAUGAUCGAUAAUUAGGAUUUUACUGUAAUUCUUACAAUAUUGCAAGCGAGAAUAGAAAGAACGAAACACACACGAUACAAUAAAGAUAUAAAUUUAAAGUUAUCUUCUUAUCGUUUUCAUUAUUUGCAAUCAUAGUAUCUCUUUUCUCUCAAGAUUCUGGCACUUGAAAUGUUAACGGAACGUAUAAAAAAAGAAACAACCACGUUAAAAACUAGGAAAACUAUGAAUGCGAAUAAAGUACGCGCACGGAGAGUAUAAAAUCUAUUUCUUUUUUUUUUUUUUGUACUUAUAGAAUAAACCAUCGUCAUUAAAUGCUCUCGACGCAAAUUAUUGUGUUCUCAUAUAAAUCAUAAAACGCCAUCUUAAAUGCAAAUAUAAAGAAAUACAUACGCUGUCAAUAAAAUAAAUAAAUACACGUUCGUAUGCGUGCGCGUGCAUUUAUUUAUUUACACGUACAAUUCUUUCAAACGGUCAUUUUUGUAAAAAAAAUCACAAAAAUGUUGUGCUAAUGUAACGUGAUCCAAAUUCUGAAACCAUCCAAUUAUAAUUAUCGCUAUUUCAAUGGUAAUAAUAAUCGUUAAAUAUACUGUACGUUUUAAUACUAAAAAUGGUAAUUAAUAAACGAUACAAGUUAUUGAUCGCUUCUAUGGAUGUUAACGGAAUAUUAACCAGUCGAUAAUAGCGCGUUUAAAAAAUAUACAAAUAUCUAAAUUCGAAUGAUAUCGUAAAAAGAAAAAUUAUUUAACUCAGUACCGAUUACCUCGUUUCUUUGCUCGAGGUGUAGUUAAUGUUGAAGAUCUCACGUACAAACGAACGAUGCCACCUCGAACGACAAGCAAAUAAAUUACUCCAUUAUUCAUGGUCAAGGUGACGUCGUCGGUUUCUGUCUGAAAUUUUCAACGUCAGUCACGCAACUACUUUAUACAGUCUGGACUAGAUUUCGAUUUUUUUUAGGACGAUGCAAGCGUAAACGUUCGGUUACUUUUGCAUUUACAAAAUCAACGCCUCGGCCAUUUAAAGGACUGGCCACGUCGUUAGCUCCAAAGAAUUAUUCAUAGAUCACUAGUAUACAAAAUAUUUCUUGCACCUUUCGAAUUAUACGAUACAUCAACAGGCAUAUCGAUAAUAGUAAUAUAUGUUUAUGUAUACAAAUAGAUGAUAUAUAAAAUAUUUUUCGAUCGUACAAAUGCUAGAAUGAAGAUUCAAAGACGUUUUCCUCCUAUCGCCAAGAGAACGUGCGAGCAAUCGUUUCAGUUCUGUGCCGUGAUCAAAACGAAAUCGCAAUCUUUUUGUUCGCGUUUUCAUCCGACACAUCUGAAGAGAUUAGAAUUUCCAUAGGAUAAAAAUGUUUGCUGCCUCCUUUUGGAGAACUUCAUAGAUUCACCGUUGUAAAAUUCUACGCGUCUUCGUAUGCUGGCUAUUGUUAGGGUUGAUUUUACAUUUCUUUGCAUUUUGCACCAACGCACAGAAGAUCAGAUUCAACAUUCAGCGAUUUAACGAAUUACAAA